UCAACUCUGCCAACCAGGCCGGCCGUAAGGAAGAACACAUAUCCAUGCCCAUUAGCCGAGGCUUUCAGUUGUAGCGACCGCUUCACCACGUCAGGGCAUGCCGCACGUCAUGCUAGGACACACACUGGAAAGAAGGAUGCUUUCUGUCCAGAGUGCAACAGAGCCUUCAUCCGCAGGGACAACAUGGAACAACAUCGUCGCACUCAUCAGAAGGUUUACCGCCCCACAAAGGCUGCAAUCGAGUCGAACAAG